AUGACACCUGGUAAUACCAAGCUCAUCAAAAAUCAUUCUUCCAGUGGGGGAGUUAAAGCUUAUCACAAAAUAGGUCGAAGCAAAAUAGUCAUUUUUGAUUUAUACUAUGACCAUGUGGGCACUGAUACUAUAAUUUCAGUGAGUAGGAAAACUGAGGAUUCUAUAGACAUAUAUUCGGCAUUUGAUAAUACAACAGUUGUACAGGUUAAUGAAGAUACCGAAUUUGAUACUGUAUUAGCUCUACAGUACAUCACAGCAUAUGAAAUUGUCUUUUUUGCAUAUAUACCCCUGGAUGCUACUAAGAAAAUGAAAAAGGAUCUAAGAUUUUAUCCCCGUCACAUUGGCAGAAAACUCCAACUAAACUCUUAUGGAAAAGCUGAUAUAAUGAAGAUUAUGUAUCAUGAGGACCUUGUAGGCUUUCCGAGCUCAGCAUCUGCAACUUUAUUAGAACCUUUUGCAGUUGAAUUUCCUUCAGUGAAUUCCAGUUUAAAGGGUGCCAUUACCAUUCAAAGACAUGACAACAACUACUUUAAAAUUAAUCUUAUAUCUGCACCCCAGAAUCAAGCCUCCGGGGUGUGCAUCUGGUAA